CGAAGGUGUGUCGGUGGUACCCGAGAGGGGUUGAAUGGGGUGCGCCCUGGAAGGGUUGCCGCCGCCGCUGCUGCUGCCGCUGCUGCUGCUGCCGCCGCUGCUGCUGUUUCUAGAAGCUCCAGGCAGCCACGGAUUGUCCUGCAGCGCAUCCCCCGUCAACUGGACCGCUGGACUGACCGCCACAUGCCUGAACUUCAGCGGCCAAGACCUGGACGAGCUCCCGGAUGAGCUCCAGGCCAGCAGCUUGGAACACCUCGACCUGUCCAGGAACAGGCUUCAAUACCUCCCGGGUCCCCUCUUUGCUAGCCUGGAGAAGCUCCAGGUCCUCGACGUGACCGGCAACCCCCUGUCCACGGUGAGCCGGGCCCUGGGCGCUCUGUGCACGCUAGAGCUGCGGGCGGACUGCGCAUGCGCCCUAGUGCCCUGGCACCAGGCCCGCACCAACUGCUCGGACGCGCCGAGCCCGCAGUGCCAGGUGGGCUUCAACUACACCCAGAACCUCACGCUUUUCCUGGAGACGCACUGCCCCGAGGGCCUGGGCACGGCCGCCGUCGCGGGCCUGGCUACCGGGGGCUUCGUGCUCCUGGCUCUUGGCAUCGCAGGCUCCUGGUUGGGCUACAGGCUCCGAGGCCGGGGGGCCACCGGCACCCAGAGCCUGGGCAAGAUGCUCACUGCCUCCGACGCACCCAGCCGGCAGCCGCGCUAUGGCAGCCGAGCCGGGAGCCCUGGGUCUCCCAUGAAUGUGCAGCCUGGUCCUGCAUCACCCGACUAUGAGAACAUGUUCCAGGGGGAGCCCGCUCAGCCCCACUGGGAUGACAGGCCUCAGUCGGCCAGCGACAGUGACUUCUACAUGGAGUUCCAGGAGCAGAGCGCAGAGUCGGGGUCCAAUGCCAUCUACUGCAACCUGCCGACUCUGCGGCCCGAGGCUGAGCAGGAUGACGAUGAUUAUGUGGUUCCUGGGUGCUGAGCCCCCACCGCGGCACCCCAGUCCUGCAGAUGAGAGCGGCCAGGGCCAUCCUUGGGGUCAGGAGGUUCCCAGCACCCCAGCAGUGAGAAGAGGGGGAGGAGCCUCUGGCAAGGGUGCCCGGCAGAUACCCCACAAGCCUGAGUCUCUGAGUUCACACAAGAACCCUAACUCCCCUCCUACACCCUUUACCCCACUGCACCCCAUUCUGUGCAUGCACCCCAUCCCUUUGUCCUGUGCCUGCACCCCCAUGCAUCCCGUUCCAGUCCUGCACCUUCCUAUGCCAGUACUCUAGGGAGAAAUCAAGUAAAACAGCAGCUCCAUUUAAUUUUUUCUGCAAAAAAAUAUUUUUUUUAUUGUUCUGGGACAACAAACAUCAGCCGGAUCUUUCUCCAA